AUGUCGACCCACACAGAAAACGCAGUGACACCAGAGCAGACACAACAAGAGAAGAAAGGGACGAAGAUUAAGCUCGUGAACCCGCUGCACCAAUUCAUCUACCGUGGGAUCGCUGGCGGUAUCGGACUAGCGAGCGAGGCAAUCCAGCAUAGAAAAGCGAAGAAGGCGACCGCGAACGAGAACAGCGGCCUUCCCGCGGCAAAUGAGGCUGAGACUCGCGACCAGCUGGUGGCUGAAAACGAGCUUGAAGCCAACUGGCAGCUCGAUGAAGCCCAGGAUGCGAUCUGCUGCCCAGAGGGGCCCCCUUCGUAUCAGGAGACUACCCAGAGCGACGCCGCGGAUAGUAGUCAACAGAAUACGACCGAGCAUGCCACUCAAGAGCAUCCAUCUAAGCUAGCUGAUAGAUUCGUAGAGAAUCACCAGUUGCCGCUUCCGGGGCCUAUAGCCCAGGGGGGGCCUGGAUCAGACGCAGCCGCGGGUACUGCAAGUGGAUAUACACGGGGAAGGAUCGAGCUCCCCGUGCUUCUCACCCAGCGACGUCCCGGGAAGCGUUCAAGAGGGUUUAUUCGCGCUUAUGCUCCUAUUCUCCAGAAUGCGGGGAUUACCCAAGACGCGUUCAUGGACUUUGUCGAUGACCUCAAUAGUGCUGUCGAGCCGAACGGUCUCAUCCAAGCCCUGAAUUUGGCUAGUUUGGCCGGUAUUGCUAUUGCAAGCCCUGCUGCGAUUGCGCUGAGCAUUGGCAUCCAGCUUGCGACGAAUAUCGGAGACGAAGUACACAGUCGAACGAAAACAAACUCCUUUAUCGACAAGGUGAACAGGGACUUCUUUGCUCCGCGCGGCCUGGUAGCGGCAGUCUUGACGUGGAAGCCCAGCGACACAAAUGAGUUUGUGAUGAGCAGCUUCGAUGGCGAGAGCGCUGUGACCUCAGCCAUGGACAGUCGACAGCAGGAUACUGGCUCCAAGAAGUUCAAGCACAGGUUCCACGCGUCGGCCGGUAUUGCGCCUUACGGCGCCGCUGGUCUUCCCCGACUUGGACAAAUUGGUGGGGAGGAUGGCAAGAAGCCCAAUGUGAUCGCGCGAUCGUCUCAUUUCGUCACUGAAUAUUGGGAUCGAAGAGCUCGCGCAAGGUGGGCGGGGAAGAAUCCGGACAGCCUCAUCGCGAAGGGAGCUCCUAAGGAGUCUUUCACAAGCAGGUUUUCUGACCCUAACCAUCCGGCUAGCAGUGGUGAUCCUCUGGCGCUUAUCACUGGAGGGCAUGUGGAGAUGCCUUCUAUUACCAUUCCAAGAUUUGGAAAGAAGAAGAAGGAUCUACAGACGGGAGAGCAGCCGCAAGAAGGGAAUAGCAACCCUGAAGCUUCCGAGCUGCGGAGAGCUGAGAACCCGCUUGUUCCCUUAUUGUCUGGUGGACUGACACUACUCCAUCAGGACAUGCUGUACUUGAUCAUUGUGAAUCGCCCAACGGAUGAGCAGAUUGCGGAGCUCCAAGCGGCGGUACCGGCUCCGCAGGCUACAGAGCCUGAGUUGGCAUGA